UUGUCUGGGAAUGAGAGGAUAUCAGCGGCAUGUGCAGCUUCCUUCCGAUUCGGAGCUUGCAUCAAGUGCUGCGACUACGGAAUACACUAACAUUAGCGGUUGAUGGGGCGAUUUCCACGCUUUUUUUUCCCAAACCCAUCCAUCCAUCAAGAUAGGAAGAAGGGCCUUCCCGAGGUAACCUUAACUACAUACUACAUCCCCAUUCUUCUCACGACCGGCAAACUUCCAACGCACGAUGGCCCGGGAAAACGGGCGUGACUCGGCGCCCGACUUGCGCAUCCUGGGCGACCGCAUCACGCUCCAGCCCAGCGGUUUCGUCGAGCCGGCGCUCACCGGCGAGGGCAAGGAGGAGGCGCUCAUGAAGAACAUGGCGCGGUUCCGGUCCGAGCCAUUGCGCUUCCUGCGCGAGGUCUCGCUCUACGUCUCCGGCACCGGCUGGCGCGCCUACGACGAUGUCAUCGGCCAGCCCAUCUUCUACUCGGGCUUCUCGGACCACAUCAAGUCCCAGAUCAUGUCGGCGACGCUGCUGCAGGCCAAGAUCGCGCAGCUUGCCGACAUGCGCAUCGCCGUCGAGGAGAAGGACGGCCUGCUGAACAAGAACGACAAGGACUUCGCGGCGAAGCGGGCCCACCGGCGGGCCGUGCUGGUCCAGGGCCUGCAGGAGGUGGCAGAGAAGCUGACGGACAACAUGAUCUGCAAGUUUGAGAGCAAGGCGUUCAUCAGGAGCGCCUAUUACUUGGUGACCCAGCUGCUGCUCAGGGCGUACCACCAGGGGAUCCACGUGUCUAGCGAGGAGGUGCUGCGGCUGCGGAGAGUGGCCGAGGAGGCGGCGAGGAGGAAGCAGAGCAUCAUCUUCUUGCCCUGCCACCGGUCACACGUCGAUUAUCUCUCGCUGCAGCUUCUCUGCUACCGGCUGGGCCUUGCAUUGCCGAUCGUCGUUGCCGGUGACAACCUGAAUUUCCCUCUGGUUGGGAGUUUUCUGCAACACGCUGGGGCCAUGUACAUCCGAAGAUCUUUCGGAGACGACCAGCUCUACUCGACGCUGGUUCAGACAUACAUCGAUGUCCUGCUGCAGGGCGGCUACAACUUGGAAUGCUUCAUCGAAGGAGGCCGGUCUCGGACCGGAAAGCUGCUCCCGCCAAAGUUUGGCAUCCUAAGUUUUGUGCUCGACAGCCUCCUGUCUGGGCGUGUCGAGGACGUUAUCGUCUGUCCCGUCAGCACACAAUACGACAAGGUCAUCGAAACCGAGGGCUACGUGACCGAGUUGCUCGGCGUACCGAAGAAAAAAGAGAACCUGGCGGACUUCCUCACGGGCGGGUCUAGUGUGCUCUCGCUCAAGCUGGGAAGGGUAGACGUGCGGUUCCAUGAGCCGUGGAGCCUGAGGGGCUUCGUCAACGAGCAGCUAUCUCGCUUGUCCAAGGCACCGUCGACGGUUGAGAUCGACUGGAAAGACAUGAAAAACCAAGUGGUACGGCAGAAGCUGCUCCGGACGCUGGGUUACAAGGUACUGGCGGAUAUCAACGCCGUGUCGGUCGUCAUGCCCACGGCGCUGAUCGGCACCGUCCUCCUGACGCUGCGCGGACGUGGCGUCGGGAGGGCCGAGUUGAUCCGCCGCGUCGAGUGGCUCACGAAUAGGAUACGGGCCAAGGGAGGACGGGUCGCGCAUUUCGGCAACGCCCCCCUCCCGGACGUGAUCGAGCGCGGCCUGGAAGUGCUCGGCAAGGAUCUCGUCGGCGUCGUCGAGGGCCUCGCCGAGCCGACAUACUACGCCGUCGACCGCUUUCAGCUGUCGUUCUACCGGAACAUGACGAUCCACCUAUUUAUCUCCGAAGCGCUCGUCGCGGCGGCGCUCUACACACGGGUCAAGCAGGGCGGUGGACCGCCGAUCCAGGAUAUUCCGUACCAAGAGCUGUACGACCAAGUGCUGUUCCUCUCCUCCCUCUUCCGCGGCGAGUUUAUCUAUUCGGGCGAAGGGCUGGCGGCGAACCUCGAGCGGACAGUCCUCGGAUUGGAGGCAGACAACGUCAUCUUUAUCGAGCGCGACGAGGAGGGGCACAUCACCAAAGUCGGCCUCUCGGACGCGGAACGGGCCGCCGGGCGAGAAAACUACGACUUCUACUGCUUCCUGAUCUGGCCGUUCAUCGAAGCCAGCUGGCUGGCGGCGGUGUCUCUCAUGGGCCUGUCGCCGCCGCCGGGCCGCAACGGCGACAUCUGGAUUCAAGUAUCCAAAGCGCAGGAGAGCGCGCAGUUGCUCGGCAAAACGCUCUACCACCAAGGCGACCUCUCCUACUUCGAGGCGGUCAACAAGGAGACGCUCAAGAACUCGUACCAGCGCUUCGAGGAGGAGGGCAUCAUCCAGGUGGUCAAGUCGCGGGACGCGCGCAUCCCGCCGCGGCUGCGCAUCGCGCCCGAGUGGCGGCCCGGCCGCGACCCGGAGACCGGCCGGCUGCGCGCGUCCGGCCGCCUGUGGGACUUCACCGAGAAGAUCGCGGCCAGCCGGCGCGAGGGCAAGAACAGGCGCGACGGCGCCACCGUCAGCACCCGCGUCGUCGGCCUGACCGACCAGCUGGGCCGCAAGCUGUUCGAGGACGCCGUCCGCGCGGACGAGGAGGCUGCGGGCAAGGGGAAGGGGAAAGGGAAGGGGAAGGGCAAAGUGGCCGCGCCGGUGAGGCUGAGUAGCGAGGAUGAGAAGAGCCUGUCUCGGAGCGUGGGCGAGCAGAAGAGGCGGAGGCGGUUGGAGGGCAGGGCGCAUCUGUGAGCGGGUUUGUUUUUGUGCUGGUGGAGGGGUCGUCGUCAUUCUAAGGAGGGAGGUUUUGCGUGCAUUUGCCGUCUUGCAUAGAAAGGGGGUUUCAAAAAUACCAG